UAGAUCAUUUGUUGAUGGUAUAUACUCCUUCCGCCAGCAUUGUAUGCUCCCUCUCUCUUCACUGCUGCAAAUUCGUUGCUGAAGAAUUUUGCCGCGACCUAGGGCCUAGGUUGAUCUAAAAGUGUCGAAUUACGUCGUCUUAAUAACUACUCCUACAAUUCUGCGCAUCCAAUGGCUCGUUCAAACGUGCCAAAAUUUGGCAACUGGGAGAACGAAGACAACGUUCCUUACACCGUAUAUUUCGAAAAAGCAAGGAAAAACAAAGGUGGGAAGAUGAUCAAUCCUAACCAUCCAGUGGAAAAUCCGGCCACAUUUGAUGAUGCUCCGCCACGAGACGAGCCCGACGGGAGGGGAGCAGCGGGGUCGAGGCCCGAACGUAGAGUGAGCAAAGAGGAAGACGCCGAUUCCCACAACUCCAGUGAAACCAGGUCCAAGGGCUGUAAGCGAAUCGACCGGGUUGCCCGCCCUGCCCGAGCCAGUGCAGGAUCCGAGCAGAGCUUCGACCGCUCACCUCUUCACCAGAAGAAAGUCGCGGGAGGACGAGACAGCAGUUCACCAGCUUGGGAAGGGAAAAGCCAUGAUAAUAGUAGCCAAGGCACCCCUGGGAGAUCCAAGCUAAGGCCAACUAGUCGAGGCGAUGAGAGUCCCGACAAAGGUGCGGCCGUGCCAAGAUUUGGCGAGUGGGAUGAGAACAACCCUCAGGCGGCAGAGAACUUCACGCACAUUUUCAACAAAGUGCGUGAAGAGAGGAAUACCGGAGCUGGGAACGUCUCUGGGACUCCCAGACCUCCGUCUUAUGGCACGCCCGAGAUACAGAAGGACCAACCUAAGAAGGGUUGCUGUGCGUGGUGGUAGAGAAAGAGGAAGAAGAUGACAAAGGGUGGCGAACAUGUAUCGUCUGUGUCGUGAUCAUAGUCGCCAUCUCUGUCGUUCAGGGGUUACGUCUACUUAGUUUUGGUCUUUCUAGUGUCCAGUUUCUCCUAGAUUCUUUCAUUCUCUCCCUGUUGUUGUAAUGAAAUAUACUACUACCAUAUAUAAUCACUGGAUUUUCAAAAUUUGGAGCACCAUUGUUAAAUUAUA